CAGUUCUAAAAAAAAAAAAGCAUCGAUAUUUACAUGAAUAUUGACUGUUUAUCUGAAUUAAUAACCAAUUAAAAUGUUUACUACCAAAGUUCCAAGCUUAUGUAAAAAAAUUCUCAAGCGUAAUUUCAGCUUCAAAUCAUCUGAGAUCAGAUGUACUUAUCCGAUGAUUGACCAUUGCUAUGACGUAGCAAUAGUAGGAGCCGGCGGAGCAGGAUUACGAGCCGCAGUUGGUCUGGGAAGUAAAGGCUACCGAGUAGCAGUAGUCACAAAAUUAUUUCCCACUAGAUCUCAUACAGUUUCAGCUCAGGGAGGAAUAAAUGCUGCAAUAAAUAAUUCUGAGCAAGACAACUGGCUGUUUCAUAUGUACGACACCGUGAAAGGCUCAGAUUGGCUUGGAGAUCAAGACGCUAUUCAUUACUUGACCCGCGAGGCUCCUCGAGCUGUUAAUGAACUAGAAAAUUAUGGUUGUCCUUUCAGUCGUACAGCAGACGGCAAGAUUUAUCAACGAGCAUUCGGAGGGCAGUCUCUGAACUUUGGCAAAGGAGGUCAAGCACUUAGAACUUGUGCAGUAGCAGAUCGGACGGGUCAUGCACUUUUGCACACUCUUUAUGGCGAGAGUUUAAAGUAUGACAUUGAUUAUUUUGUCGAGUUCUUUGCUCUUGACUUGCUGAUGGAUGGAAGGACUUGCCGAGGUGUUAUCGCUUGGGAGUUGGAAACUGGAGAGAUUCAUCGCUUUCGAGCUCAUCACACGGUGAUAGCGACUGGUGGAGCAGGUAGAUGUUUUUUUUCAUGCACCAGCGCUCAUACUUGCACUGGAGACGGAGCGGCGAUGGUCUCGCGAGCAGGUAUUCCCUUGCAAGACAUGGAGUUCAUCCAGUUUCACCCAACAGGAAUCUACGGAAGCGGAGUUUUAAUUACUGAGGGGUGUAGAGGCGAAGGUGGAAAGCUGGUUAAUUCAGAGGGAGAAUUUUUCAUGGAUAAAUACGCACCCAAAGCCAAAGAUUUGGCUUCUCGAGACAUUGUUUCAAGAGCGAUUAUGAUUGAAAUUCUCGAGGGGAGAGGAGUAGGUGAUAAAAAAGAUCAUGUGUAUUUAAAACUGAAUCACUUGCCUGCUGAAUUAAUAAGAUCAAAAUUACCCGGGAUUUCACACCUGGCUUGGGUGUUUGCCGGUGUAAAUUGUGAAGAAGAACCGAUACCAGUUGUCCCUACCGCGCAUUAUAAUAUGGGCGGAAUUCCAACCAACUGGCGUGGCCAGGUACUGACAAGAGAUAAUGAAGAAGACAAACUUGUACAAGGUCUCUGGGCAGUUGGAGAGGCUGCUUGUACUUCAGUUCACGGAGCGAAUCGACUCGGGGCCAAUAGUCUUCUGGAGAUAAUUGUUUUUGGUCGCGCUGUUGCUGAAAAUAUUGGAGCUGUUCUUAACUUCGGACAAAAACAUCCGGAUAUUAACCUAGAACUAGGAAAUGAAACUCUGCAUCGUUUUGACGCAACUCGGUACUCCAAAGGGUCAGUUUCAGUUUCAAGCUUGCGGGAAGAAAUGCAGAGAACUAUGCUUAAAUAUUGCGGAGUUUUUAGAACUUGCUCUAUUUUGCAGCUAGGUUGUAAAGAAAUUACAAGACUUUAUAAUCAAGAAUUGCCGAAUAUUAAAAUGCCUGAUAGCUCUCUAAUUUGGAAUACAGAAUUGCUAGAAGCAUUAGAAUUACAAAAUAUGAUGCUCUUUAAUAUGCACACUGUUUACGCUGCUGAGAAUCGUAAAGAAUCACGAGGCGCUCAUGCUCGUGAUGAUUUUCCCGAACGAAUUGAUGAAUAUGAUUACAAGCUACCGUUAGAAGGCCAAAAAAGAAGGUCCUUGACAGAGCACUGGAGAAAACAUUCCCUGACUUGGGUUCUACCCAAUGGAUCUAUUUGCAUUUCUUAUCGGGCGGUCAUUGACACAACACUCGACCAGUCAGAAGCUCGGCAUGUGCCCCCAGCUGUACGAGUUUAUUAAUUUUAUUCAAUCAUGUAUUAAAUACGUCUGGCAAAUGUCUCAGUGUGUACAUACAUAACUCAAUUGUAAUAUUUAAAUUACUGUCACUAUUUUAUUUAUUUAAAUUGACUUGUGGAUUGUCUAUUAUAUUCUGUCGGUAAUCAUAAUCAAG